AUGGAGAAACCUGACAAAUCCCACCUCUUGGAGAAACCAUGGAAGUGUGGUGACUGCGGGAAAGGCUUCCGUUUCCCAUCUUCCCUGGAGAAUCAUCGGCGUAGUCACACCGGGCAGAGGCCAUUCACCUGCCCUGUCUGUAGAGAGGCCCUUCAGCUGCCCCGAGUGCAGGAAGGCCUUCAGCAAUUCCUCCCACCUGCUGAGGCACCAGCGUGUCCACACAGGGGAGAGGCCCUUCAACAAUUCCUCCUCUCUGCUGAGGCACCAGCGGGUCCACACGGGGAGAGGCCCUUCAGCUGUCCCGAGUGCAAGAAGACUUUCAGCAAUUCCUCCACCCUGCUGACUCACCGGCGGGUCCACACUGGGGAGAGGCCCUUCAGCUGUCCCGAGUGCGGGAAGGCCUUUACCCGCUCCUCCCACCUGCUGAGGCACCAGCAGGUCCACACAGGGGAGAGGCCCUUCAGCUGCCCCGAGUGCAGGAAGACUUUCAGCAAUUCCUCCAACCUGAGGACUCACCGGCGGGUCCACACUGGGGAGAGGCCCUUCAGCUGUCCUGAAUGUGGGAAGGCCUUCAGCAAUUCCUCCGACAGGCUGGCCCACCAGCGGGUCCACACUGGCGAGAGGCCAUUCCCCUGCCCCAAGUGUGGGAAGGCCUUCACCCGCUCCUCCAACCUCCGGAGGCACCAGCGAGUUCACUCCGGCGAAAGGCCCUUCAGCUGCCCUGAGUGUGGGAAGGCCUUCAUAUUUUUCUCUGCCCUGUUGGCCCAUCGGCGGAUCCACACAGGAGAGAGGCCGUUCAGCUGCCCUGAGUGUGGGAAGGCCGUAAGGUAUUCCUCCACCCUGCGGACCCACCAGCGUUUCCACGCGGGGGAAAGGCCCUUCAGCUGCCCUGAGUGUGGGAAGGCCUUCAGCUAUUCCUACAACCUGCAGAUCCACCGGUGCGUCCACACAGGGGAGAGGCCCUUCAGCUGCCCCGAGUGCGGGAAGGCCUUUACCCAUGUCUCCUCCCUGAUAAGGCAUGAGCGGGUCCACACGGGGGAGAGGCCCUUUACCUGCUCUCAGUGCGGGAAGGCCUUCAGCAGUUCCUCCUCCCUGCUGACCCACCAGCGUGUCCACACGGGGGAGAGACCGUACGCCUGCCCUCAGUGCGGGAAGGGCUUCACCUGCUCCUCCAACCUGCAGAGCCACCAGCGGAUCCACACGGGGGAGAGGCCCUUCAGCUGCCCCGAGUGUGGGAAGGCCUUUCGUGAUUCCUCCACCCUGCUGACCCACCAGCGGAUCCACACCGGGGAGAGCCCUUCAGCUGCCCCGAAUGCAGGAAGGGCUUCACCCGCUCCUCCCACCUGCAGAGCCACCAGCGAGUUCAUGUGCCAUCGCAGGGGGAUUGAAGGAGUGACGGCCGAAUCCCAUUAUCGACAGGGGAGGUGUGGUGUGUGCACUUUCACCUUGAGCUGUUCAAAAAGCAACUACUUUUUCAGGCGGGGUUUACGUGAUGCGUUCGGAAGGGGCGGGGUUUACGUGCUGCGUUCUGAGGGGGCGCCGAAGGGGGCAGGGCCGAGGCCGUCCCGAAGACGGAAGUGUGUCCGCGGCCUAUUGCCUCCGCUGGAGUCUCGGCUGCAGCAAAGAAGGCUGGUCCAAACGAAUGCCCUUCAAGGUCGUCCAGCCAUCAACAUCCUGCAGAGCGGCACCACCAUCUUCGCGGCUCAUCUGGUCAUAUUUAUCAUCGCCAUCGACACAUCUGAAGCUGUGGCCAUGGAGAAACCCGAGGAAUCCCGCCCCAUGGAGAAACCGUGGAAGUGUGGUGACUGUGGGAAAGGCUUCCGCGUCCCGUCUGCCCUGGAGACUCAUCGGCGCAGUCACACCGGGGAGAGGCCAUUCCCCUGUACCGACCGCGGGAAGGCCUUCAGACAUUCCUCCCACCUGCUGGCCCACCAGCGGGGCCACACGGGGGAGAGGCCCUUCAGCUGCCCAGAGUGUGGGAAGGCCUUCAGCACUUCCUCCACCCUGCUGAGCCACCAGCAUGUCCACACGGGAGAGAGGCCGUUCAGCUGCCCUGAGUGUGGGAAGGCCUUCAGGUAUUCCUCCACCUUGCGGACCCACCGGCGUUUCUAUGCGGGGGAAAGGCCCUUCAGCUGCCCUGAGUGUGGGAAGGCCUUCAGGUAUUCCUCCAUCUUGCGGACCCACCGGCGUUUCCACACGGGGGAGAGGCCCUUCAGCUGCCGCGAGUGUGGGAAGGCCUUUACCCGCGUCUCUGCCUUGCGGAGCCACCGGCGUGUCCACACCGGGGAGAGGUCCUUUAGCUGCCCCGAAUGCAGGAAGGCCUUUACCGACAUCUCCUCCCUGUUGAAGCAUCAGUGGAUCCACACGGGGGAGAUGCCCUUUACCUGCUCUCAGUGCGGGAAGGCCUUCAGCACAUCCUCCCACCUGCUGACCCACCUGCAUGUCCACACCGGGGAGAGACAGCACACCUGCCCUCACUGCGGGAAGGGCUUCAGGUAUUCCUCCGGCCUGCUGACCCACCAGCGGGUCCACACAAGGGAGAGACCGUACACCUGCUCUCAGUGUGGGAAGGGCUUCACCUACUCCUCCCACCUGCGGAGACACCAGCGGAUCCACACGGGGGAAAAGCCCAUCAGCUGCCCAGAGUGCGGGAAGGCCUUGACCGACAUCUCCUCCCUGAUGAAGCAUCUGCGGAUCCACACCGGGGAGAGACCGUACACCUGCCCUCAGUGUGGGAAGGGCUUCAGUACAUCUUCCUCCCUGCUGAGGCACCAGCGGAUCCACACCGGGGAGAGGCCGUACACCUGCCCUCACUGCGGGAAGGGCUUCACCUGCUCCUCCAACCUGCGGAGACACCAGCGAGUUCACUUGCCAUCGCAGGGGGAUUGAAGGAGUGACGGCCGAGUCCCAUUAUCGACUGGACUAUCCACCCGGUUCCGGGGACUCCCGGGUUCGAAUCCCGCCACGACAGAUGGCAGAAUUGGUAUUCAGUCAGAAAUGUGGAGUUCGGAAUCUAACGAUGAGACCGUUUCAGGGAGGGGGUGGUGUGGGGGAGAAAGCCCCCAUCUGAUUCCCUCUCUCCCUUGUUGUUAGGGGAGGGAACCCCCAUUGUGGGAAAGGAUUCACUCAGUCGUUCCAGCUGCAUCCUUUACCCGGUCUGGCCUACACGUGACUCCAGACCCACAGCAGUCUGGUUGACUCUACACUGCUCCCCCCCCCCGCACUGGCAAAGGAGCGGGGAGAAACUUACUUGGAGACAGGAUAUGGGUUGAAAUUGCUGAGUGAGGCAAUACUUCCUCCGGGUUACGGCUGUACCAAGGAUCCAGUUACAAAGGGACAACUUGGUGCUGGCCAAUA